AUAUGUAUAUCUUGAUUUGACAGUCUUAAAAUUAACUUACACAACUUACACAAGCUUAAACAAUAGCACUAUGAGAACAUGAAGUGAUUUGCAGAGUCUUAACCUGUUCAACUGUCCUACAGGUAAUCUGCUCUUGAAGAGCUGCACAUGGUCAUCUGGUGUGACACAGCUGUGCUCAGAUUGUCCCGCACAUGCUCUCCUGUGCUGACUUCUGUGUUUUGGGGUUCCAGUGUAUCAUCGUCAUGAUCUUCCACAACUUCUGGAUCAGCAAUGUCCUCAUUCAGAAGACCGAGGUGGUGGAGCACUGCACAGCAUGCAACAACAUCUGCACAAAGGCAGGACUCACUUCCAGGGCCUUGAAGAAGAAGAUGGAGCACAGCUGGUCUGCAUUAUCCUGAAGGCUCUCUCAACAAUGUUCUGUGCAUGAGCAUCAUUGGUGUUGAAUCAAAGCUGUGCAGGAUUGUGUUCAGACUCCCUGUCUGCUGUGAUGAGGCAGAUGUGUGCACUCAAACAAGGAUACCCACCAUCUCCCAGGAUGUGUUUUCCUGCAGGUGGAUAGGCCUCCAGUGUUCUUCAGCACCCUGGCAUCAUACACAGACCCAGGAUACUCAACAAAGAUAUCAAGGUACUUACCAUGGUGGUGACCUGCAGCUGAACAGAAUGAAACCGCUUCCUGUUGAAAUAACAUUGGGCUUCACUUGCUGGAGUUUCAAUUUGUAUGUGACAGCCAUCUAUUGUGUCAGCUACCAGAAGAAAACUGCUUCCACUGCCUCCAGGUCAUCUGUGGUGAAGAAGGCAAUCAGCCUCCUCAAAAUCCCCAUGACCUGACCUGACCUGCUCAUUCUGUGCACAAUGUUAUGCAGCUCUUGGAUGUCGAAGGCCAGUGACAGCAGCCUGUAUGACGCUGUUCACAGUCUGUUAAUAUGUAGUUUUUGUUUUUUAGAAUAAAAUUUCAAUAGGUUACAAAUUUUUUUGCUGAUAUAUCUAAAUCUUAACUAUAUGUAUUUACAUAUGUGUGUAUAUUGUCUAUAAUGUAUAUAUUAUGUAUGUAUUAAUGUAUAUAUUGUGAUGUGUGUAUGUGUGUUUCUGUGUAUAUUUCUAUAAUGUAUUUGUAUUUAUGUGUAUAUAUCUGUGUGUGUGUGUAUUUGUCUAAGCAUUCAUUCAAGUUUAUUAAUUUAUGUUCGUUUUGUGUAAUUUUAUUUGUAUUUAUUUAUUACAAUAAAUUACUUUAUAUCCUUACAUAAAAUCAGGUUGUCAAUCUGUUCACAGCUGUAGCUGCUGUUAUUCUGAGGUAGAAAAUUAAAAGCUAAAUUUAUAUUUAGUAAAGGAUUUACAAGCUGUCAACGAAGGCAUGAUCUGCGAACAGCUGACCGACGCCUGCUUUGAAUUGUUAAUUCAAACGAUGUAAAAACGCAGACGAAAGCGGUAAGAAAAACGAAAGACAUCACCGAUGUACGCUCAGUAGAGGCUCUUUAAAUUUACGCGCUGUUGUGACGACGUAUGUCACGUGACAAUGUCAACAUGGCGGAUGUAGUACGUCCGAAAUCCAUUCAUACUACCCACAUUCAUACUAUAUAGAACGUACUUUUCUAACGGUCUAGUAGUACGUUCAAAUUCAAAUGUAGUACCCAGUACGCAGUAUUCGAUUUCGGACGCAGCUCAUGAGUUUUGAAUUCUCUGGCGGAGUCCGAAAGCAUAACGUUAUCCCUGAUUCCCGCCGUUUUCGCUGUUCGUCGUUAAUGCAUGCUCAAGUGUGUGGUUGUGAGAUCUUCUCGAAAUAAUUUUAACAGUUCAGAUAUUGGACUACAAAGAGUGCUACAGAGAGUCAGUGUUUCACUAUCAGACAGGUGCCAAUAGAAAGCUCGAAAAGCUGAGGUCAACUACAUCAUCAACCUAUCAAAGGAUCAAACCCCAGCCACUCUGGAAACAAUGAGAGAAGAAAUCAUACAUGAAGUCGCUAAUGACCACAACCUAUGCCCUUCGUCGCCAAGAAAUCGUUGGAGCUCUUGUAGCUCCACGGGUGAGAGACAUCGUGGAUAGAUGGCCAGCCCUACUUAUGGAGUCACAGGUGUUUGCAGAGUUCCACCGAAUCAACAAUGUUAACCUGCGCAAUCAAUUCUACAAGGAGCUGGACAGACACACGCCUAAACUCAUUACCUUGUUCAGAGACAAGGCCACCAAGACUGGCAAGAUAGCGGAGGAGCUAGCCAGGAUCAUGAUGAUUUAUGACCUUCAGGAACAACGUAAUGUAAAUAUAAGACGGGCACUCGUCCUUCGUGCUCUUCCUGUGUACCUGCGUGAAGAUGCCUUCAAGUUCUUCAGGACCUGUAAUUCAGCAGAUUGUCCAGACCUCACUGACACUCCGGUGGCUCUCCUGACAGUCGUCACGAAUGACACUAUUGAUGCGGCCCUCUUCAGCCCUGAGAGCAUCUGUAUCGUCGUGGAGGAUGAAAUACUUGUGAGUGGUCCCACGACUCUGGCUGACUCAUUUCUCCUGCUCUUUGGGUAUGUCUAUGCACUAGACCUACAGUACCCAAAGAAUCUUGAACUUACAUUCACAUUUAUCCAAAAAGUUGUGAUGUGUCUUGAGGACAACAAACCACUGAAAGGGCGUCUACUGAUGCUGAAGAAUGAUUUGUUUAAUGAGUGAAUCACUCAGGAUGGAUUAUUUGAGUUGAGUAUUGAGAAAGUCCCUCCCUUUUUACAAAUGUAAUAAUUUGCCUGUUCUACUUCAGAUUUAAGAUCUGACACUGUUUGCCUCUUCUACCUCAGAUUUAAUACAUUGAUUAGGACAUUGAACUUGAUGUUGCCAGUUGAAGUACAACCAGUACUUUAUUUGAAUGUUUUAUUAUUGACACAUAUUGUACUUUAAAAAACAUUUUGUUUUUAUGCGGUCAUUUUCUUUUUUUUUUAAUUUCACAAGCACUUUUUGACUCCUGCUCCUUUGAUUUAUGCCUUUUAAAAAGUGCAUUGUAUUAAAUAAAAAAAGUUGUUAAAUUGCCA